CCUUGUUUUUUUUUUCUAACAGGGAGCCUGAAGGAAAAGGGUGUCAAGAUGCCGGAAAGUGACGGUGUAUCAGAUGGCCCCAGGAAGGUCCUGACACUUGAGGACCUUAUUGCGGCCAUUGACCGGCAUGAGAAGACCCCAAGCAAUGUCCCUAAGGUCAACACCUUUCACUUUAAUGGAGAGAGAGUCUCAGACUGGCUGGAUGGGGUGGAACAAGCAAUGGUGGGGCUAGCGGAUGCGGUAAAAUUCCAGCGGAUCAUGAGAUAUGUGCUUUAUGGGCACCAUCAAGAGGUGCAGAGGGUGGUCAAUGACGCCAACGGCAAUUGGGCCACGUUUAGAGAGGGAAUGCAAAGGAAGUACAGAUUGGGCGAUGACCUGCUAACUACGGGAGACCUGAAAGCAAUGAAUAAGGAUAACUUCACUACGAUAGGGGCCUUCGUACAGGAGUUUAAGAAAAGGGCAAGGAAGGUCCAUGGGAUCUCUGAGGAGACACAGUGUGCUAUCUUUUUGGGGCUACUUACUGCCUCGGAGGCCCAGGAGUUGACAAGUCAUGGAGAAGGGAGUACUAAGCUCAGCUGGGCCACCAUUGAUAAGGGGGUAGACGAUGGGAGCCUAGACCAGGAGGAGCACCACCAGGUAAGGCUGCAAAGGCAGAAGAGAAAGGAGAGGGAUGCUACGACAUCCGAAACUCCAGGAGUAAGGAAAAUUAUCACCGACAUACUAACAGAGUUAGACCCGCUGAUACAGAAAAAGGUGGCGGCGGCGAUUCAGGGAAAAACAAAAGAGCCCAUAAUAGAGGAAGCUGCCCAGGAAGGGUGGGAAGAAGGGGAGACGGUACCUCCGCACCUUUCGAAAGUGCAGCGCCGGCAGCGCAAUGUGAUGCAAGGGGGGCAAGAGUCAGCGGCCGGGCGACCCGGGGUAAAUAUAGUAGGAUCGGGCCCACGAUCAGGGGUGACAAUGGGACCUCUUACCCCUCAGGCCCGGCUGGCGCAGGCAGCACGAACGCGAAAUCAGGCCAAGACCAGCCAAGAACCUCCCCAGAGAGAGCCUGGGCCGGGAAGAAGGAAAAAGGUAGUGGAAGUGGAGGAUGAUGACGAUGAGGAAGAAGAAGAUGAAAGGUUGCGCCAAGAAGAGGAUCAGAGGGCGGAGCAAAGGGCUAAGAAGAAAGAAGCCAGAGAAGAGACCGAGCCGAUCCUUCGCGACGUACCGCCCAGAAAAAAGAAAUACGUGGUUCGGUUGGAAGAAGGGUUCGACGUGGAGAAGGUGAUUGCUAGGUUGUUAGAAGGACAUAACGACCUCAUGACCUUGAAGGAGAUCCUAGCGUUAGCCCCUAAGCUCCGCGAUGGAUUGAAUGGGAGGUUCUCGCGGCGUCUGGUGCCCAACGUCCAUCUGGGUACGAUCCUGCCUAAGAAGGCGGAGUGGGCAGAGUCGGGCACGAAGAUGGAUUGGAAGUGUGUGGCCUGCAGCACACUGGAUUUGGUAGUGAAGGGCUCCAAGUGUACGGCGAUGGUGGACACAGGGGCGGAGAUGAAUAUAAUCCGGGAGGCGGAUGACAUCAAGUUCGCACUGGAUAUAGACCGAUCUGACUGUGGCAUUCUACAUGGGGCAAGUUGCAGGGCCGUGUUGUGUGGGACAACCUCGAAUGUGUUCAUCGAGGUUGGGAAGGUAAAAGCCAGGGCAUGCUUCUUCGUCAUGCCAGACGUGGAUCACGGAAUCCUCCUAGGGAGGUCAUUUUUUAGCAGGACGAAAACCAUGAUAUUCAAUAAGCAUGACGGGACCUUGAUCCUCCUCCUAUGCGACUCUCCCUGCGGGUAUUAUGAGGUGAUCACCUGCAGGAAUACCGUGCCGAAAAGCAUAAGGAACCGGCCCAAUUCAGGGUCUUUCACAAUCGAAGAGUCGGAGGGCGAGCGCCGGCGGCUCCGGGCGGAGCGAGAAGAGGAACAGAGGGUUGAAGCAUUCUCCCUCAGCCUAUCGGACCUGGGAAAGGCCAUGGAUAUGGUGGCCGCACAUGAGAUGACAGAUCCGGAUGCCAUCCGGGCAUUGAGGGAGCAGGUCCUAGAAUACCCCGAGCCAGGGAGAUUGGAGCUGGUAUAUCGUCUUCCGGAUGGUAGGAGAAACCCUACACUGAUGCAAGCGCAAUCCAUGAAGGAGAAAGCCACAACAGAGCUAUGUCGUAUCAACAAAGGGAAUGAGGAGAAGUUGAUCAUAGGAGAGCUCGACUUCCUAUUGCCUCAGGAACGAACCUUGAUGGUAGAGCUAAUGAAAAAGAGGCAUCGCGCCUAUGCGUUUAACGACGAGGAGCGUGGCAGAUUGGAUGUGAACAAGAUACCUAUGAUCCGCAUCCAUACCGUGUCGCAUGAACCAUGGAAUCUAAGAGGGGCGCGAUAUCAUAAUCCUAACGAGGAGAAGAAAGUGGUGGAUUACCUCGACGACAAGAUACGCACGCAUGUUGCCGACUACUCAAGUGGGUUGUAUGCGUCCGUGUGGUUUUGUUUUAUCAAACCUAACGGGAUGCUGCGGUGGGUGCAAGACCUGCAGAGAUUAAACGCGGUGACUGUGCGAGAUGCAGGAGGGUUGCCCAACGCGGACGCGCUGUCGGAAUCCUGUGUUGAAAGGCCUAUAAUUUCGCUUAUAGACCUUUACACAGAUUAUGACCAGUUUCUGGUCUAUCGGUCGGACAGGCCAGUGACAGCUAUGCAUACGCCUCGAGGAUUAAUCCACAUGAAUGUGGCUCCGCAAGGAUGGACCAAUGCAGCAGCGAUGGUCCAACGAGCCAUUAUUCGGGUCAUGGAGAGAUUUAUAUUGAGAGUGGACCCGACCGCCCUCGCCUACUCUCGCAGGAAUUACGUUCCAUCGGAUCCAACAGUUGUCAGGUGGUUGACGUACAUCUGGAUGUUUAAUUUUGAGUUAGAACGGAUCUCUGGAAACAAGAACUGGGCGGACAGGCUGAGUCGUAUCAACUGGGAUGGUCAAGAAGGGGAGGCGGUGGUGAAUACGCCCCCAGUUGAUGAAUUCUUGGAUCAAGAGGAAGAUGUCCGCCUCCACAUUCACAAGUGGUCGCCGCGAGUGCCCGGUUGUGUGGGUCAUCCUAUCUGGAAAGCGCCGAGUGGAUAUGAAUGGAAGGCGGAGCUAGUCCUUAAGCUUUUUGAGGAAGAAGAUCCCCGGGGUGGUAAGGAUGUUCAGUGGAUGAUGGAGUUGGCGCUGGCUAGUUCGCAUAGUCUGGUGGAGGACAUGAGGACGAUCGAGGAAGGACCAGGCCAGGUAGAACGGCAUGAGGACCUGAUGGGAGGAAUGUAUCUCCACGUCAACACGUUAUUGCAAGAAAGCCUCGACCAGUUCGGCUCGUUGAACCCAUCAGGGAAUGUGGACGAAGUGUUCGAGAGCCAGGAGGACGAGUUCGAGGAAGGAGAAAUUAAGGAGGCCUUUCGUGCAGAGGAGUAUGACGGGAUCUACCUAGAACUGGGACUCCUUUUGUCUUGCGAAGUACGACUAAGGGACGCGAGCGAUAGGGCUCAGAGGAUGCUGCAGCGUUACUUGGUACGAGACGGCCACCUUUUCGUAAGAAGAGAAGUGGGGAAUCCCAAGAGAGUCGUCUGCGGUAGAAACUGUCAGAUUGACGUCAUAGCAGCACUUCAUGACGGCAUUGCAGGAGGGCAUCGAGGGGUACAAGCCACCUAUGCCAAGAGGAGGAAGGGGACACGGACGCAUCGGAGGCCGUUGGGCGCAUCAGGAGGUUACGAGCGGCAUAGACCUCGCCAUCGAGAGAGCACUCCGGAGUACGAUGGUGGCGACAUCGAGCUAUUCCUGGACAGUUUCUGGGAGCAUGCGCGGCGUAUGGGCUGGACCGUGACCCAAGAGAUUGAGAGGUUGAGGGGAGUCGGCAGAUUCAAGGGGCCCGUCGCACAGAUCCGUAGGGAGGCGACGACGAGGUCAGAGGUGGAGAUGAGGAUGCAGGAGCUGCGACCCUCGCCUGUGGGACCUGAUGGCAUGCCGAUCCGCCUGGAGGUUGGGAAUGCGUCGGACUUCAUCCCCGCUUUUGAAUGGUUCAUGCAAGGGCAAGGUAUACCGAGAGACGAUUGGAUGCAGAUACUACCACUUUGGACCAGGAAGGCGGAAAGACUGCUGGUUAGGCAGGUCAGAGACAUGGCCCGGGACAGGGAGAGCUGCAGGGCACACCUGAGGGAGGCCUUUCGACGGCCAGAGUCGCCUCGGCCCCGAGUUGAGAGGCGCCAGAGGAGCAGGAGUCAGAGGGACCUUGAGCCCAGCGAGGCAAGGUCAUCUCGAGGGGGACGGAAGGCCCUAGCCAGGAGGGAGGAGGAGCCGGAGCCUGAGGAUGAGGAGCGAGGGUCGUAUCCUGAGUGUGGACUGGGACCAGUGGAGUUCCAUCGUUUUACUGAGAGUGGACUGAGGAGGUCGCCAGCACGCACACAGGAGGAGCCGCCAACGUCUGAGGAGCCCUUGAGGGAGUUGGAGGCGCAUUUGGAUAUCUCUCGGUGGAGAGUGUCGCCUCGGGGUGAGGAGUGUGGAGAACAGGCAGAGGCGGUGCCACAAGAGGAGGUGCCACGAGAGGAGGUGCCACAAGAGAAGGUACCACGAGAGGGGAUGCCACGGGAGGAGGUCCAGGAUACUCGGCAAGAGAGAGGGCUGGGCGAUGAGGGGAGACGUGCAGGGAAGGAAGUGAUAGAGGUUGAAGAGGACACGCCCCCUCAGACGCCAGCGGUGGGUUUGAGACUUGGGGAUGCCCCAGGGAGCUUUCGCCAGGCAACAGAGAGGUUGCAGGGAGAAGAGGCCCCACACCUAGCGGCUCAUGCCCUGGAGAACCCAGACCUGGAGGAGCCAGCACCUGCAGAGCCGCGCCAGGAGCCGUGCCAGCCCGAGAAAGAGGUGGAGGCAGAGAUCCCAAAGAGGGUCCACCUCCGCACGAGGGAGAGGGCGCCAGCUGGAGAAACGGCUGAAGAAAAGAGGGCGAGAAGGACCAUGAGAAUAGAAGAGAUAUGGCAAGAGAGGCCAAGAUUGGAGGCAGUAGGGGCACUCCCAGGUCAACCACCCAGCGAGCCAGCUAGGAGCCUGGAAAUCCCAGAGAUGUGGAGGGACUUCUGGGAGCAGAGAGGAGAGGAGCUUCCCUCGCCGACCAGAGCCGGGUUUGGGGUAGCAAGGAAGGCAGAAGAAAGGUUGGAUCGCAAAAUCAAGUUCCUGGCCAAGACAACUUUUGACCGGCACUUGCUAUUGGAGAGCGAUCUGGCAGGGAAGAAGAAGGAAGAAGGACAUGGAGUACGCCUGGAGGCUAUGGAGGUGGAAAUCCAGGAACUCAGGGAGUUGGUGGCCAGUCAGGCAACUAUCAUCGAGAGCCUGAGGCAACAAACUCAGGGAAAGGUGGACAAGCCAGAGAGCAGCCGACAAGGAGAGCAGAGGCAGUCAGGACAUGGGUUGCGAGGACAGUCAUCUGCAGCAGAGCCUCGCCAGGAGCCUCCCAUGGGGAGAGUUAUCGUGGAGCCAGAGGAGGCGAGAGCCCAAAGGGAGGCAGAGAGAGAGGCCUUCGAGUUCAGAGCCCCUACUGAGCUCGCGACGCUACUUGUAGCGGCGGCAGACCCAGUCGUACUUUUGGCAGUUGAGGAGGGGUUACCACCAUCUAGCAGUGAGUCAGCUCAAGGCCUAGCAGAGGGACCCCUGGACGUGCUCCUUGAGGCAGUACACUCGAUGCAAAAGGAGGCGAGUUUGUUUUCGCCUGGACAGAAGAUAGACGAGCCUCUUGAGAGAGAGAUGGGGAUUGAGGCGGAGGGUGUCAUCGCGGGCGGGCUCCAGAGGUUGAGCACACCUGAGUAUGGGCCAGAGGGGAUUAAGGAUCGACCAGGGCCGAAUACCCAGCAGGUGGAGACAGGAGAGGAGCCUUUGGAUAUGCCUCAGAGCCAUGAGCUGAGCAGGGAGGCCAGCGAAGCACCAUCAUCGUCAAGGUCUCGGAGAGGAAAGAAAAUGUCCAGGAAGUGGUUCGAUACGUCCUGCUUCUUCUGUACAAAGGAGGGGCAUCGAGUAUUGCAAUGUCCUAAGUUCUUAAAGGACAAGGCUGAAGGAAAGGUUACAGAGGAAGGGGGCAGAAUGUAUGAUAGACAGGGCAAGAGGGUAGAGAGAUCUGCAGAUGGGGGUAGGGCUCAACUAUAUAGGCAAAACGAGGAGGAGAUGAGCGACCAGGACUGAGUUACCUAUAUGGUUAACAUGUUGCGUAUAGGACUAGAGUUAGGAUUCG